GAAACAAGCCACUGUGCUCGUCGAUUACUACUCAUAUUUCGUUUAAAGAUAUGUCGAGAACGUACUGUAUUGGAGAUUUUAGCGGCGCGAAGUCUAAUUUAUCAUAUGAUCGAGUGCUUUUACGAUAUAGCAGUCAACAGCAUGUACUUAAUGCUUUUGUAAUACUGAAUGAACACAGCGAAAAAUAAGAUGUCACCAUUUCGGAGGAAAAAGUCCGGGAGAUCUUUUCCCGUCAAAGUUUGUACCUUAGAUGCAGAACUCGAAUUUAAUCUAGAGUGGAGAUCGACAGGCAGAGAAUUAUUUGAUCUGGUGUGCCGUACAAUAGGAUUGAGAGAAACGUGGUAUUUUGGACUUCAAUACGAAGAUGCAAAGGGCUUCAUUUCUUGGUUAAAGUUAGACAAGAAAGUUCAAGAUCAAGGCAUUUCGCAACAUCAAACAACAUCAUUCAUGUUCUUAGCCAAAUUUUAUCCUGAGGAUGUUGCUGAAGAACUAGUACAAGAAGUCACUCAACAUCUGUUUUUUUUACAAGUGAAACAAGCUAUACUGUCCAUGGAUAUUUAUUGUCCACCUGAGGCUUCUGUAUUACUUGCUUCUUAUGCUGUCCAAGCAAAGUAUGGUGAUUAUGAUGAAAUUUCAUAUCGCCCUGGAAUGCUUGCCAGUGAGGACUUGCUUCCACAAAGAGUUAUAGAUCAAUAUCAAAUGACUCCAGAAAUGUGGGAGGAUAGGAUAAAAAUUUGGUACGCCGAUCAUCGUGGCAUGUCUCGAGACGAAGCAGAAAUGGAAUAUCUUAAGAUUGCUCAGGAUCUCGAUAUGUAUGGUGUGAACUAUUUUCCUAUUAGUAAUAAGAAGGAAACAGAUCUUUGGCUUGGAGUUACAGCAUUGGGAUUGAAUAUUUAUGAAAAGGAAAAUAAAUUGGCACCGAAGACAACGUUUACAUGGUCGGAAAUUCGUCAUAUUAGUUUCGACGAUAAGAAGUUCAUAAUCAAGCCUGUAGAGAAAACAUCACCAAACUUCAUGUUCUUCUCGCAGAAAACUCGCAUGAACAAACUGGUAAAAAAACAAUCAGAUGUUGGCAGCUGGGUGAGGGGUUUAAUAGCUUUAAAGUUGAACGAACAUAAUAGUGAUACAGCUGCUCAUGUAUUAUUUGUUAAGAUCCUAGAUCUAUGUAUUGGCAAUCACGAUCUAUUUAUGAGGAGACGCAAACCGGAUUCCAUGGAAGUUCAACAAAUGAAAGCACAAGCCAAGGAAGAAAAAUCCAGGAGGCAAAUUGAAAGAAAUAAAUUAGCACGAGAAAAACAAUUAAGAGAGGCAGCGGAAAGAGAAAAGGCUGCAAUGGAACAGCGACUUCUACAAUAUCAGGAGGAGAUACGAUUGGCAAAUGAAGCUCUUAGAAGAUCUGAAGAGACGGCAGAUCUUUUAGCUGAGAAAAGCCGUGUAGCAGAAGAAGAAGCAAUGCUUUUAAGUCAGAAAGCAUCGGAAGCUGAACAAGAAAUCACGCGUAUACGAUUGAAUAAUAUGAAGACUGAAGAAGAAAAAGUCCAUUUGGAACGGAAAACUAGAGAAGCUGAAUUAUUAACUGAAAGACUAGUUCAAGAAUCGGAACGUAGAGCUGCUGAAGCAGAAAAAUUAAAGGACGAAUUAUUACGUGCAAGAAUUGCUGAGAAAGAAGCUAAGGAAAAAUUAUUAGAGUUCCUGAGUAGAAAUGCCUAUACCUCUACCAUAACUCCUGUGCCAAAUUUAUUUCCGUCUACGCAAGUGCUUCCGUCAGAUCUACAAGCAGAUCUUCAGACUCUACAAUUAGAACCUUUACACGCAGAACCUCUACCACCUGAUUUAACAUCCUAUGAUCUUAUUAGCGAUGGAGAUGUUGAUCAACUUUCAUUAGAGAUUGAAAGGGAAAGGAGCGAUUAUUUAGAGAAAAGUAAGCAUUUACAGGAACAACUGCGAGAAUUACGUUCCGAAAUUGAAGGUUUAAAAGUUGGUGAUAAACAGUGUGAAUUGGAUCACUUGCAUGAGGAACAAGUUCGACUCGGCGAAAAUAAAUACAGUACUCUAAAAAAAGUGAAAUCCGGAUCCACUAAAGCUAGAGUCGCCUUCUUUGAGGAGUUGUAAUUAUUGAGAAAAAAAUGAAUUUACUAAUAGACGCGUAUUAAUAUGAUAUUAGUAAAAUUCAUUUGACACUGAAAAAGUAAGAUCCUAUAAAUAUGUAUGCGAGCGCGUAUGCAAAGAAUAGAGUGGAUAUCCACUUAAUCUAAUUGAGAAAUGAAAUAUCUUGUAAUAAUAUACUUGAGUAUUCUAUGUAGAAUAUUGAAUCAGACAUUGAACUAGAUUUAUUAACAAAUUUGAAAUUCUUUUUUAC